AUUGACAAUAAUUUUGUCUAUUCAUAACCUCUAAUAAAAUAGGUUGGUGUCUGAAACCGAAAUUUUUUUCAACAAUGUUUAAAAAGUUCGAUGAAAAGGAAAGUAUUUCCGGAGUUUUGCAGUUAAAAUCGUCUGUCCAAAAAGCCAUUAGAGCCAAACUUAUUGAAUCCUAUCCACAUUUAGAAAACUAUAUAGACGCUAUUUUACCCAAGAAAGAUUCUCUUAGGAUAGUUAAAUGCCAUGACCAUAUAGAAAUUGUAGUCAACUCAAGUGGAGAUUUGUUAUUUUUCCGCCAAAGGGAGAGCCAAUGGAUGCCUACACUAAAACUUUUGCACAAGUAUCCUUUCUUUUUACCAAUGCAACAAGUUGAUAAAGGUGCCAUAAGAUUUGUUUUAAGUGGAGCAAAUAUUAUGUGUCCAGGUUUGACAUCACCUGGAGCAAAAAUGACUGAAGUUUCCAAGGAUACUAUAGUGGCUAUAAUGGCCGAGGGUAAAGAGCAUGCCUUAGCUAUUGGGAGAACUUCAUUAUCUACAGAGGACAUAGCGAAAGUGAACAAAGGAGUUGGUGUGGAAAAUUGUCAUUACCUAAACGAUGGACUCUGGCAAAUGAAACCCGUUAAAUAAGUUAUGUUAUAUUUUUUUGAAUAAAAAUAUUUUUAAAAAUUUGA